CUUCCCCUCCAGGUUUCCCAACGCGGCGAUGAGGAAGCGCGAGUCCAUCGGACGCACGGACGCAGCCGGAGCCCCGCGGCCAUCGCCGGCAGCCCCCUGCCUCGGGCGACAUCUCCACAAUGGGCGUCACUCCUCUGCCUCAGCUCCUGCUCUGCUCUGCGCUGCUGACAGUCGCGACGCCGCUGGGCCCCGACCUCGCCUUCAACCUGACCUUCGACCCCACGACCUGGACUCUGACCUGGGCGCCGGAAGACGCCGCGGUGACGUCUUGCACCGUAACCUCGCCGGGGGCGGGGCUGCGGCGGCGCGUCACGCCCCGGACUGGCCGCUGCCGGUUCCCCCCGAUGGAGCUGCACCGCGGGGUCGUGCUCGAGGUCAACGGCACGAUCGGGGUCACGGCCGCGCACGGGACAGCGCGCUUCCUCAACGCAGGCGCGCCCGGCUCGGGGGCGGAGAACCUGACGUGCGAGAUCCGCGCCGCGCGCUUCCUGUGCUGCGCGUGGAGGGCGGGGCCGGCGGCGCCCGCGGACGUGCGGUACUCGCUGAGUGUCCGCAACGCCACGGGUCACGAGGUCGCGCGCUGCUCCGCCCCCGCGGGCGGCGAGGUCGUCACACGGUGCCGGGCGGAUGACCUCUCGCGGCUGCGGGGACGCGCCUACGUCGUGGUGACCGGAUCAAGCCAGUCGGGGCCGGUGCGCUUCCUGGAUGCUGUGCUGAACACCAAACUCAUCGAGCGGCUCAGCCCCCCGGGCGCGGUCAAUGCCUCCUGUAACUCCUCCCACUGCGCAGUGGACUGGGCCCCGCCCCCGACCCUGGCGGCCAUGUCCGCCCGCGAUUUCCGCUUCGAGGUGGAGUGGAAGGACGGUGACCCCAGCUCGGAGCCCAGGAAGGUUCUAGUCACUGGCGUCACCGCGGUGACCUUCCCCAGCCCCGCCCCCCGCGGCCGCCACGAGGUCAGGGUGCGCGCUGGCGACGUGCGGAGCGAGCGCUGGAGCGACUGGAGCCCCGCCCACGAGAUCGGCCCGGAUCCCGCUCCUCUGCCCGCUGUCCUCCUGUACGCGCUGCCAGCCUGCGCGGCCCUGCUGUGCGCGCUGGCGCUCGGGGCGGCGUGCCGGAGGCUCCUCCUCCCCGCGAUCCCUGGGAUCAAGGACAAGGUGUCGGACAACGAGCACCUGAACCCGGAGGUGCUGAGGAAGGAUCUGCUGCAGCCGUAGCCCCACCCACGGCCCUGACGUCAUCAAGGAAGUCCCGCCCCAGGCCGUGAUUGACAGGCCGGCUUCGGGGGGGGGAGAUUUAUUUUUUAAUAAACGUGUUUCCAGGAC